AUGAGGUCGUGUCAAGUGUUUGCUGCACUCAGCGUGAUGACGGCGUGCACCAUGGCCAUACCGAUUUUCGUCGAAGGAGGACCCAGGUCCCAGAGCUCAGAGUCUGCGGAAAAUUACGCUCCCAAAGCGUACAAGUUCGAUUACGCCGUCCACGACCCGGAAACGUACGACGUGAAGAGCCAAUGGGAGGCUCGCGAAGGUGACGUGGUCAAGGGAGCGUACAGCGUUCUGGAACCCGAUGGUGCCAUGAGGCUGGUCGAGUACACCGCCGGACCGGAAACGGGUUUCAACGCGGUGGUCAGCCGGUCCGACAGCGGAAACACGGGCUACAGGAAGCCCAGCAACGACGCGUUCGACUUCUGA